AUGAUUUUUACUAUGAAGAAAGCUCGUGGAUUUUUUCAGUUUUACCAAAAACUUCUCAAUAAACGACCUUAUCUAGUACAGGCUGUUCAAACAGGCACACUAAUGGGUGCUGGAGAUCUUAUUUCACAAUCUUUAAUUGAAAACAAAGCUUUAAAACAUAUAGAUUAUAAACGAACUCUUAAAUUUUCAUCUAUUGGCUUUUUUGUAGGUGGACCAGCAUUGCGUGCAUGGUAUGGUUUAUUAAGUAAACAAGUAGGAUCACAUGGAAAAACUGUGGCAAUUAAAAAAGUAUUUGUUGAUCAAUUCAUAUUUGCUCCUGCAUUUUUAUUCUUCAUUUUAACUGCUGUUGGUACAAUGCAAGGCAAAUCAUGGGAAUCAAUAAAAGGAGAUGUCCUUGCUAAUUAUUUUGAUGUUUUACAAACUAAUUACUACAUAUGGCCUUGGGUUCAAUUAAUUAACUUUUAUUAUAUUCCACUUCAGUAUCAAGUAUUGCUUGUGCAAUCAGUAGCACUGUUUUGGAAUACAUAUUUAUCUUGGAAAACUAAUCAUAAAAGUAAUACAAUGGAAGGCUUAGAAUUGGUAUCAUCUAAUAAAAUAUUUGGUGGGUACCAGAAAGUGUAUUCCCACCAAUCUUCAGAAUUGCUAUGCAAAAUGAACUUCUCUAUUUAUUUUCCACCUCAAGCAGAAGGUGGUGAUGUGAAGCUACCAUUAGUAUAUUAUCUGUCUGGUCUCACUUGCAAUGAACAAAAUUUUAUAUCAAAAUCUGGAUUUCAAAGAUAUGCAGCUGAGCAUGGUAUCAUAGUUGUGGGGCCUGAUACUUCUCCUAGAGGAGUCAAGAUACCUGGUGAUGAUGAGUCUUGGGACUUUGGUGUAUCAGCAGGUUUCUACCUCGAUGCAACUAAAGAUCCCUGGUCUAAAAACUAUAAAAUGGCCAGUUAUUUAAAUAAGGAAUUAUAUGAACUAAUUCUUCAGGCAUUUAGCAACAAUGUUGAUCCAAGUCGUAUAGGAAUUAUGGGCCACAGCAUGGGUGGUCAUGGAGCUUUAGUUUCUACAUUAAGAAAUCCUGGUUUAUAUAAAUCAGUGAGUGCUUUUGCUCCUAUAUGUAACCCAACUCAGUGUCCAUGGGGAGAAAAGGCAUUUUCAGGAUAUUUAGGGGAAGAUAAGAGCCAGUGGGUAGAGUGGGAUGCUACUGAGCUUGUCAAGAAAUAUGAUGGCCCCCCACUUACCUUCCUUAUUGACCAGGGUGCUGCGGACAAGUUUUAUGUUGAAAAACAAUUGCUGCCAGAAAACUUAGUGCAAGCCUGUCGCUCUGCUGGAGUACCUAUCAUUUUGAACCUGCGUGAAGACUAUGAUCAUUCUUACUACUUCAUUGCUACAUACAUUGGAGAACAUUUCGAUUUCCAUGCAAAAAUACUGAAAGCU